AUGCCCAACUGGCGCGACCAGUACCUUUCUGGCAUCCAAGAUGCAGAGCUCAACAACCCCGUCAACAUGGAGCUGGUUCAAACAUGUUCGCAGAUGGCAGAUCGCAUAUCUGCUCUCGAAGCUGAAAAGAAUGGACUAGAAACCCUGGUCACAACCAACGGAAAGACGACUGCGCGACCGGCCGAGCCAUCGACAAACGAUCCAGGUGUCGCACAGCUGAAACAAGACCUCGCUGAAGCUCUUCGAUCAAAAGGUGUCACCGAGAAACGACUGCGUGCAAGCGAGGAAGAGUUGAUGCAGUUACGAUCCAAACACAAGACGAACACAAGAUCGAUAAGAGACCUCAUAGCCGACAAAAACAGUCUUACUACCAGACUUGAAGACAGAGACUAUGAGCUGAGGGAAAAACGCAAAUUCAUUGAGCAAGUCCAAGAUGAAAUGAUUGCACUAAAUCUCCAAAUGUCCAUGGCCGAGAAGGAAAGAGACAAAGUCAAAAAGGAAAACAAGGAGCUCGUCGACCGAUGGAUGAAGAGGAUGGCACAGGAAGCAGAUGCCAUGAAUCUUGCCAACGAGCCCCUCUUCGAAAAAGGACGAUGA